UUAUAUUUCUAACCAUUUCUUACUCCCUAAUAUUUUCUGUAUUUUUUUGUUUCCUUAUACUAACAGGGAACAUAUAUUCAUGGCACUAUAUACAGAGAUGAUGUCCAAAACUACAAAGAUAUUUCAGAGAGGGAAAUUUGUAUUCUAUAAAGAACUUAUGGGAUAGAGAAGUUGCUGAAUUAGUUGGAAUCCCAGCAACAGUUUUGUAUGAGCAAUCUAAAAAGGUAAACUACACAACUUUGGAGAAUCUGAAUUAGAUUUUAGUAUAUUUGUUUUUAAAGUAUCUGAAUUACUACAUUGAUUUACCUUUUUUUUGUAGGACUCUAAAAUUCCUGAGUUGGAGAAUCUCAUUGGAUUGACAAUGAUAUUCAAGGACCAGUUCAAAAAGAAUCAAAUCAUAGAACCUAUAUCUACAUACACUGUCAUGAGAGUGUUAAGGGAUGAGUUGUCGGUUUCUACCUACUGUCAGAAAUUGAGUGAUGACCAGGAAAAGGAUUUGAUGUCUAAGAUGAUAGAAGAGGAUGAAGAAGGCUCUGAAGAAUCAGAUAUGGAAGGUUCUAAGGGCGAUGAGGUUAGUACUCCUACAAGUACACAACAGUUGAAAGAGAGAGUGGACGUGGUUGACUGUGAAGACAUUGAUACUGCCAAGGGAUGCCUCUUGGAUCAAUUAUCUUCCUCCAUCAAAUUGAAGAAGUCUAAGUUAGCUCUUAUUAAACAGGUGAAACUGUAAUUGGUUUUUGUUAUGGUUUAUUUGGCACCCUAGAUGAACUGUUUUUGUUGAAUUGUUGUUUUGGGCAAUUGUUUUUAUGUUUUGAUUGAAUAGCACCGUGUGAGUGCUAUUAGACAAUUGAUUUU